AGACAGAGGAAAGGGAGAGAGGGAAGAAGGAGGAGAGACAGACAGAGAGAGAGUACCUGAUCAACCGGACGACCGGACGUGGGGAGCACUGGAGACGGGAUACAUGUACCGUUCAUGGCCGUGAAAGUCUGUAGCCCCGCGUGCAGCCGGCGUUAAUCCCCGCUGUUGCACAGGUACCAAGUGGAGCGCAAGGACACCCGGGACUAAACGUUGACAGACAGUUAAAAAAAAUUGGGUGAAAGAUGCACCGACCGCCGCGGGACAGUUGGAUAUGUCCGUUUGUGCUUCUCGUAACUGCCGUUCUGCACACCACGCGCGCAGCACAAUCAGCCAAUGCGGUGGAUGUGCUGAGGGUGCUGGCCCUAUCAGAAGAUAUGGAGGGCGUGUCACUGGAGGCAGGGCUCUGCACCAGUAGGCGGGGCCAGGAGGAGACCGACCUAUCACUGAAGAUCAGCAGGAAGAUUCAAUUGAGUGUGCCCACAAAACAGCUGUUCCCAGUCUCGGGGUUCCCGGAGGACUUCUCAGUGGUGAUGACGGUACGGGCAGCGCGGGGUUCCCAGGUGUUCCUGCUGUCUCUGUACGACCCCCAGGGCUCGCAGCAGCUGGGCCUGGAACUGGGCCGCUCCCCUGUCUUCCUGUACGAGGACCAGCAGGGCCUGCCCCCCCCACACCUCUACCCCACCUUCAGGAAGGUGCAGCUGGCGGACGGCAAGUGGCACAGGGUUGCCUACAGUGUGGAGGGCCAAUCAGUGACUUUGUUCCUGGACUGUGAGAAGGUUGUGACCCUUGACCUCCAGAGAGGCCCUGCCCCCCAGGUGAGCACUGAGGGCGUGACCGUGUUCGGGACACGCCUCCUGGACGAAGAUGUAUUCGAGGGAGAGAUCCAGCAGCUUCUCAUCAUUCCAGACCCCAGAGCAGCAGAGAGCUACUGUGAGGAUUACAUCCCAGACUGCCACGCCCCCUUGCCUUACGACAGCCUAUCACGUCAGCCAGAGGAGGUGGAGCGUCCACCCCGGCAACCGGUGGAGGAGGUGUUUGACUACAGCGACUCUUACACUGACCUGGACGUCUCCACGGUUACGACGGGGUCAAACAUCACUGAGUAUGAGAUCGUGGAGUAUGAAGACUAUGACCAGGUGAGAGAGUAUGAAUACGAGGAGGAGGAGUACAACGAGCGGUUCGGAUUGGCCGAGAGGGAGGGGGCAGAGACCUGGAACGCACUGGACCAGCCAGAGAAAGGACAAAAAGGAGAACCUUCAUACCUUGGACUGGGCACCCUCAUAGAAGGACCCCACGGACUGUCUGGACCAGAGGGAGAACCGGGUCCACAGGGACCAACUGGACCAGUGGGACCCAGAGGAGACCCUGGAGAUCUGGGUCCUCAAGGCCGGCCCGGACUCCCAGGGGCUGAUGGGAUACCGGGUCCUCCAGGGAACAUCAUGCUGAUCCCGUUCCAGUCAGGUGACCCCCAGACUGGGCCGGUGGUUUCAGCUCAGGAAGCUCAGGCCCAGGCCAUCCUGCAGCAGACCAAGCUGGCCAUGAAGGGUCCUCCAGGACCGCUGGGACUAAUGGGACGACCUGGACCGCUGGGUUCACCUGGGCCGGCAGGGCUGAAGGGGAACCAUGGAGACCUGGGACCUGCUGGUCCCAGGGGGUUAACAGGUCUUCCAGGUCAGAAUGGAAGGUUGGGCAAGAGGGGUCGUGCAGGGACUGAUGGAAACAGGGGAGCUCCAGGUGAAACAGGAUCCAAGGGUGACAGAGGGUUUGAUGGUCUUCCUGGUCUCCCGGGAAACAAGGGUCACAGGGGGGAAACCGGGAAGCCAGGGGCUCAUGGAUCAGUUGGGCUACCAGGAGAGAGGGGAUCAGAGGGACAACCUGGACCAAGAGGACAACCAGGUGAUGCUGGGUCCCGAGGUCUGAACGGUCCCAGAGGUCCUCCUGGACUCCCCGGCCAGCCAGGUAUCCGAGGGGUGGAUGGUGUCCAGGGGUCAAAGGGUAACUUGGGCCCACCUGGAGAGCCAGGAGCUCCUGGACAGCAGGGGAACCCUGGGUUCCAGGGUUUUCCAGGUCCGCAGGGUCUCGUGGGUCUACCUGGGGAGAAGGGCCCUCAAGGGAAGCAGGGGAUGAAGGGUUUACCUGGCAACGAUGGACCAUCUGGUCACCCAGGUAGAGAAGGGACUCCAGGAGAGAAGGGCUUACCGGGUCCUGCAGGAGUUCAGGGACCAGUAGGAUACCCGGGAUCCAGAGGAGUGAAGGGGGCAUAUGGAGUGAGGGGCAUCAAGGGCAGCAAGGGGGAGAAGGGUGAGGAUGGCUUCCCCGGAUCCAAGGGGGAGAUGGGGGUGAAGGGGGAGACAGGGGACGUGGGGGCGUCAGGGGGCCGAGGGGAGGACGGCCCGGAGGGCUCCAAAGGCCAGACGGGGUCCCUGGGCGAGGCUGGAGCAGGGGGCCUCUCUGGAGAGAAGGGGAAGCUGGGGGUGCCAGGCCUGCCUGGAUAUCCAGGUCGACAGGGACCCAAGGGAGCAGAUGGCUUCCCUGGCUCUGUUGGAGAAGGAGGAGAGAAGGGCAAGAAGGGUCCCGCGGGGCAACCAGGAAGUGGAGGCCAGAGGGGUCCUAAUGGGGCCAGGGGGGGCCGGGGGGCCAGGGGGCCAACAGGGAAGACUGGGGCAAAGGGAUCCUCAGGACACGAUGGACCCCCAGGAUCAACGGGAGAUCGGGGGCCUCAAGGGCCACAGGGCAGGAACGGGGAGGCGGGGCCUAAAGGACCCAAUGGUUCCGCAGGGAAGGAUGGACUUCCGGGUCAUCCAGGUCAACGAGGAGAGCCGGGUUUCCAAGGGAAGACUGGUCCUCCAGGACCGACAGGUGUGGUGGGACCACAGGGUAAAUCGGGGGAGACGGGGCCGACAGGAGACAGAGGUCAUCCAGGGUCGGUGGGCGUGGCUGGGGAGCAGGGCCUGCCUGGAGCAGCAGGGAAGGAAGGGGCAAAGGGAGACCCGGGGAGUGCAGGGGCUUCUGGGAAGAGUGGUCCUCCAGGACUGAGAGGGUUCAGAGGGAGCAGAGGAACUCCAGGGGGCAUGGGCCAUGCAGGGCUGAAGGGAGGAACUGGACCAACAGGACCAACUGGAGCUGUCGGCGCUGGGGGAGAGAGGGGUCCUCCAGGAUCGGCUGGUGCGAUUGGUCAGCCAGGACGGGCUGGUGCCAUUGGUGGACCAGGACCAAUGGGAGAGAAGGGAGAGCCGGGGGAGAAGGGCCCGGUGGGGCCAGCAGGGCAGGAUGGGGAGCAGGGCCCGCUGGGUCUGCCUGGAGCUGCAGGGCCCUCAGGGCCCCCUGGAGAGGACGGGGACAAGGGAGAGACAGGAGGACCUGGACAAAAGGGCAGCAAAGGAGACAAAGGAGAAGCAGGCCCCUCAGGACCAACCGGACCCCAGGGACCUCUGGGACAGUCUGGAGUAGCAGGUGGGGGAGGGGAGUCAGGACCUCGGGGACAGCAGGGGAUGUAUGGUCAGAAGGGUGAUGAGGGGCUACGAGGAUUCAAGGGCUCCAAGGGACCAGAUCAAGGGAAAGCAGGUCCUCCAGGUGUUUCAGGAGAGCCAGGUCCCCCAGGGCCUCCUGGUCGCAGGGGCCACCUGGGCAAACUGGGGAUUGAAGGCAAGGCAGGGGUGAAGGGGGCCAAGGGUUCUCCAGGCUUCGAGGGACUGACAGGGAAGACCGGACCAGUCGGGGGCCAGGGGCAUUCUGGGAAACCUGGCCUCCAGGGUCUGAGAGGAAUACCUGGCCCUGCUGGGGAGCAGGGUUUGAAUGGCCCCCCAGGACAGACAGGCCCCCCAGGACCCAGGGGUCCUCCUGGACUGCCGGGGUUGAAGGGUGACCCAGGCAGGAAGGGAGACAAGGGUCAUGGAGGCCUGAUAGGGCUGAUUGGUCCUCCAGGGGAGAUCGGAGAGAAGGGAGACAGAGGACUGCCUGGGGGCCAGGGGCUGCAGGGUCCUAAAGGAGCUGAGGGUCUGGUGGGAACUCCAGGACCUGACGGGCCGCCUGGUCUUCAUGGUCUCUCUGGUGCAGUUGGACAGAAAGGUUCCAAAGGAAAUCAGGGUUCUAUUGGUCCAAGAGGAGAUACAGGUCCCGCAGGCCCACCAGGACCACCUGGUGGAGCGGAGCUGGGCCUGGUGUCCCUCCCACAGCGAGGGAGGAGGAGGAGGGAACACUGGGCUGUGGACGGCACCAUGAUGGAGGGAGGGGAGGAGGAGAGGAUGGAAGAGGGAGGGGAGGAGGAGGGGAGGAGGGAGGGAGGGGAGGAGGAAGGGAUGCAGGCAGACCAGGUAGGGGGGGAGGACGGAGGAGAGGAGAGGGUGAUGGAGGAGGUGUUUGCGUCGCUGUCGUCUAUGAGGUCUGAGGUGGAGGGCUUGAGGACUCCUCUGGGAACGUUCCACAGCCCUGCCAGGACUUGCAAGGAGCUGCAGCUCUGUCACCCACAGCUACCUGACGGUGAGUACUGGAUCGACCCUAACCAGGGUUGCCAUAGAGACUCUUUCAAGGCGUUCUGUAACUUCACCGCGGAGGGGGAGACCUGCCUGUACCCAGAUAAGAGGUUCCAGUCGGUCAGACUAAGCAGCUGGAAGGGGGAGAAGCCUGGUAGCUGGUACAGCAGCUUCAAGAGGGGAAAACAGUUCUCCUACGUGGGCGGGGAAGGCGUGCCGGUGGACGUGGUGCAGCUGGUGUUCCUGCGCCUGCUCAGCGCCGGCGCCCGGCAGAGCUUCACCUACCUGUGCCAGAACUCUGUGGGGUGGCGUGACGCCUCGCUCUCCCUGCAGGGGGCGCUGCGCUUCAAGGCCAGCAGCGGGGAGGAGCUCACUCACCUCAACACACACUACAUCACCGCCACACACGACGGCUGCCAGGCUGGGGCAGGGCAGGGCAGGACUGAGCUGCUGCUGGACGCCCCCCAGGCAGCCUUGCUGCCUCUGCUGGACGUGGCUGUGCUGGACUUCAGCAGCAGCAACCAGAAGUUCGGCUUCCAGCUCGGACCUGUCUGCUUCAGCGGCUUCCAGCUCGGACCUGUCUGCUUCAGCGGCUGACAGCACCGGGACCACCGGGACCACCGGGAGAGUUAUUAGCAGAAUAACAAGGACAUUUUACCGAUACAUAUUUAUAAUUCAGUUUUAUCAAGAACAAUGUUAAUCAUACACAGCACAUACACACACACACAGACAUGCACACAAACAUUUUCUUUGAAUCAUAUGUUACUCAGUUCACAUUCCUCUUUACUGAAAACUCCCUCAUCCGUCAUCAUAUCCCUGAGGUGUUUGAAUUGUUUGAAAGCUUGUGUUGUUUUUUGAUGAUGUUGUUGUUUGUGUGUUUGAGUGUAACUUGUCAUGGUGCUAUAGGACAGCUGUAUCAUAUCACAGGGAGAGGGGCAUUCUGGGAAAUUGAGUUUUAUUUCUGUAUUUGGACUCAAUCUGUUCCAAAUCAAUAAUACAUUGUGAUUGUGUUUGUAUUUUAUUAUUUUAUUUAAUCUUUAUUUAACCAGGAAGGUUCAUUGAGAUAUUAAAUCUUUUUUUCAAGAAUAUCCCGGCUGAGAUUGUCAGCCCUAAGUUGUUACAAUAUGAAAAACGACAAGUAUAUGUAUUACAAGAAUAACAUAUUGAGUGGUGUAUGAUGAAAUCAUAAAACAACUUUAAAAACA